UGACGGGCGGGUCAUGCCAUGGCAGCGCCGGCGAGCCACAGCGGCGGCGGCGGCGGCGAGCGGAGCCCAACCAGCAGCCCCCGGAGCUCGACAGGGGCCGGGGACGCCGCGGCGGGAGCGCGGGACGGCCGGGACGUGGGAGCCAGGAGCGCAUCGGUGACGGUCCCCGGCCUCCCUCCGCUUGAGGACUACGAGUGCAAAAUCUGCUACAACUACUUCGACGCAGACCGGCGCGCGCCCAAGCUGCUGGCGUGCCUGCACACCUUCUGCCAGGAGUGCCUGAGCCGGCUGCAGCUCCGCGCCGCCGCCGCCGCGCCCGAGCGCCCGCUGCGCCCGCCGCCCUGGCACGGGCCGCCCAGCGCCAUCGCUUGCCCCGUGUGCCGCCACCGCACGCCGCUGCCCGACAGCCGCGUGUACGGCCUUCCCAAUAACACCAAGCUCGCCGAGGGCUUCCCGCUGGCCCUGCGCGCCGCGCACGACCCGCUGCCCCAGGACCGCCUCCCGCCGCUGCCCGCGCGCCGCCCAGCGCCCGCCGCUGCCCUGCCGCCCGCCCCGGCCCUGCCGCCGCCGGCGUCCGCCGAGGACGCGGCCCGAGGACCACGCGCCAGCGCCGGCCUGCGCGCCCCGGGCUCCUACGAGAGCUGCCAGAACUGCAAGCGCGCCGCGCUCACCGCGGGCUGCGUGUGCGUCGUCUUCUCCUUCCUCUCCAUGGUGGUGCUGCUCUUCACCGGCCUCAUCUUCGUCAACCACUACGGCGGCGGGGCCCCCACGGGGGGCGGGACGUCCCCUGAUGCGGCCCCGGCAGCCGGUGUGCCCUUGCCUUCGCCCGUGGGUCCCAUCUGCCUGUCGGUGGCCAGCAUCCUGGCGCUCUUCUCGGUCGUCGUCACUUGGGUUAUCUGCUGGCUCAAGUACCGGCCCGAGGGCGCGGCCACGGGCUCGGCUGGGGGCGGCGGCGGCGGCCCGAGGGCGCGGGCGGCGGCGGAGGCAGGCGGCGCUCGGAGGAGCGACACGUAG